AUGUCCAAGAAAGGGCGUGGGAAGGCUGAUAAGCCUGAAGCCCUUAUAGCUGCUUUACAGGCUGCUAAUGAAGAUCUUAGGACUAAACUGACCGAUAUACAAAUAGAACUUCACCAGGAGAAAUGUAAAGUUAGCAAACUUGAACGGGAAAAAGUGCAAGAGGUGAAGCGCAUACGAGAACAGGAGCAGCACAAGCACACAGCAACUAUCACGGACUUAAAAAGCAAACUCCACGAGGAUAAAAUGAAGGAACUGCAGUCUGUCCGUGAGACAUUGAUAAAGCAACAUGACCAGGAGCUGGCUCGCACCAUCAAAAUCAAAGACCACGAGAUUCAGCGGCUAAAGUCACUUGUGAACGCACUGCGAGAUGGCAGCAGUGACAAAGUAAGAACAGCGUUGUUUAAUGAGGCCCGGGAUGAGGCCCGGAAAAUGUUUGACUCUGAGCGCCUGAAACUGCUGCAGGAGCUAAGCGAACUGAAAUCAGCCAAGAAACAGGUGGAAGAGUCACUGAACAACAUGAUCCAAGCGGAUAAGAUAAAAGCCGGAAACCUGAGGAGCGAACAUCAGUCUCACCAAGAGGCUGUUGCCAAGAUCAAAUGGGAAUCUGAGAAGGAAAUCCGAAGGCUGAUGGAUGAAAUUAAAGCUAAAGAUCGAACAAUCUUCUCCCUGGAAAAAGAGUUAGAGGUGCAAACAGGUUACACACAGAAGCUUCAACUCCAGAAGGAGGCUCUGGACGAGCAAUUGUUCCUAGUGAAGGAAGCAGAGUGUAACAUGGGUGCGAGCAGCCCUAAACGUGAGGUUCCAGGCACAGAUCGCCCAGGCAGUCCGGUAAGCAAUGCAAACGAUCUGCGGAGGAAUCAACGCAAGAUUGCGGACCUGAACUCAACAAUUCGUAAACUAGAAGAUAGGAACACGCUGCUGGUAGAUGAAAGGAAUGAACUCCUAAAGCGAAUUCGUGAAGCCGAGAAACAAUAUAAACCUCUACUGGAGAAGAACAAGUGCCUGUCUAAGAGAAAUGAUGAUUUAACUCAGUCUUUACAACGCAUGGAGGAGAAGCUCAAAGUACUUUCAAGAGAAAAUACAGAAAUGAAAGAGAAAAUCAGUUGUCACGCUCCGUUGAAGAAAUUACGUUCCUUGAACGAUCUUGACCAAGCCCAUGAAGAACAAGAAGUGGAAUUCUUAAAGCUUCAGGUUCUUGAACAGCAGAAUAUCAUCGAUGAUUUGACGAGGGAUCGAGAACGACUUCUUCGUCGCAGGAGGCAUAAACGAAAUACAAAGCAUAUAAAGAGACAUGUGGUAGAGACAUGUUUUGGAUUUGAUGAAGAAUCGAUGGAUUCAGAAACAUCGUCCUUGGCUUCCUACAGAACAGACAGGACGCCAGCAACGCCAGAGGAUGAUUUGAAUGAAAGCCUGGCAGCUGAAGAAUCUGAGCUCCGUUUCAGACAAUUGACGAGGGAAUAUCAGGCACUCCAGAGAGCGUACGCACUACUGCAGGAGCAGACAGGAGGGAUCCUCGAUGCAGAACGGGAGGCAAAGGCUCAUGAACAAUUACAAGCAGAAGUUCUGAGGUGUAAAGCUAAAAUUGACGACCUCGAAAAGGCUUUGGCACAGAAAGGACAGGAUUCAAAAUGGGUUGAAGAGAAGCAACUGUUUAUCAAAAGAAAUCAGGAACUUUUAGAAAAGAUUGAGAGACUGGACGCAGAGGUAGCCCAGUUGCAGCAAGAAAUUCAGGACUCUCGAGAUCAGAACGAGUUGUUAGAAUUCCGCAUUCUGGAACUCGAGGAGAGAGAGAGAAGAUCCCCUGCCUUUAACCUCCAGAUUACUCCUUUCUCAGAUGGUGUGAGUGCCCUUCAGAUCUACUGUAUGCAGGAAGGUGUGAAGGAUGUCUCCAUUCAUGAUCUCAUUAAACAGCUGGACAUACUGGGAGACAAUGGGAAUCUGAGAAAUGAGGAGCAAGUGGCAAUUAUCCAGGCGAGCACGGUGCUGUCUCUGGCAGAAAAGUGGCUCCAGCAGAUUGAAGGUACUGAGGCUGCACUACACCAGAAGAUGAUAGAUUUGGAGAUUGAGAUGGAUAUGUUCUGCAAACAAAAAGGUUACCUGGAGGAAGAGUUAGAUUAUAGGAAACAAGCCCUGGAUCAAGCAUACAUGCAUAUCCAGGAGCUGGAGGCCACCCUGUACAAUGCAUUACAGCAGGAUACAGUCAUUAAACUCGGCGAGUCACUGACUGAGAAGCAAAAGGACGACUUGCGAAUCGCUGUGGAGAAACUAAGACGUCAGAUGCUAAGAAAGAGCAGGGAAUACGACUGCCAAAUCCUGCAGGAGAGAAUGGAACUCCUGCAACAAGCACAUCAGAGGAUACGGGAUCUGGAAGAUAAAACCGACGUUCAGAAACGGCAAAUCAAAGAUCUGGAGGAAAAGUUUCUGUUUUUAUUUCUGUUUUUCUCCCUUGCCUUUAUCCUUUGGCCUUGA